GGCUGCUGCGCGAUCAAACAUUGCGACGAUAAUCUGUAAAGUGGCCAGUUCCGCAGGACUAAAUCAUAUUUUCAAUCUCAUCUUCAAUGUGGCUAAUUAUCCUUCUUUUUUUGAUUGCUACCAUACCUCCCACUGCUGAUGCUUCUGAUGUUGGUGCCACGAUGAAAUUAUCUUGUAUGUAUGCAUAUGCCAGCAAAUUGCCUGAAAAUCAUCGAUUCUGGGCCAAAGUUCGAUUGAUGAAGAAAAAUGGCACAAGUGGUGGUGCUACGCUUGACGAGCAGAAACAAAUCAACUCUGAUCGUGAACCGCAUAUGCAGUUUACAAUGUCAGCAAACGAUAUAAAAGACCCAAAAGAUCUCUACAUUGACAUAAAGCACAACUGUGUCCAAAACCACACAACGACGUAUCAAGUUAAAGACGUUGAUGUCGAGAUGGACAGCAAUAAUCCCACAGUCAAGGAUGUGGGUACAAUAUUUUUGCCUUGAUAAGAAAAAUUACGAUUAGGUAGAUACUUUAUUAGGCUUGAUAUGUUUUCAGAAAUUCUCUUUUGAAGUAAAAAAAAACUUUUAUGACUGAACUUUUGUGACUUAUAAUAUGAAAAUUGAUAAAGAUCAACUACUUCGUAUUUUGCUUCAAGUCUGUCUCGUUUACUGACAAUUGAUAGUACAAUGAAUAAAUAUAGAUACAA